CCAAAGGAAAAAGAGUUGCUUUCAUUUAAUUAAGGGCUUGGGAUGUGAGGCUGGCUGCUUUUGGUGUCAGUGGUUUAGUGCAUUUAUAUUAAUAAUAGACUGUUUGGAAGUGAUUUCCAUUGCUGCUGAAUUAACAGAAAAGUAAUUGGGGUGGUAAAAAAAAGUCAUGCACCGAUCUUCUGGGUAUAAUGACCGACAUGUUCGGGAACUUGUGGCUGAGAAUUCCGAAUAUAAGAAGUUCCAUGAGCAGAUAAAAAGGGAAGUGAAAAAUAUUCUGUCCCGGCAUGAAGGAUUACAGAUACGGGGAGGUUUUGAGGAUUCCCUAGGGGCUAGCAAGCGCACUGGGAUUGGUCGUGGAAAGUCUUCCCGUGUUGUGGAUAGCGGAGUCACCAGCACACUUAAGAAGCAAUGGAGCAGCCUGAAACAGCUUGUGGAAUCUCUGGAGGUUCAAGCAGCGCAGGCGGAUGCCUGUCAUGUGAUUAGCGUGACGGACCAUGAAAAAGAGCUGACAAAGCUCAGAAAGGAAAUGGGAGAACUUCAGGAAGAGCUAAUGAAGAGCCGAGAGCUAAUUGGCCAACAGCAGCAGCUGUUACAGGAGCAGAUGUUGCCCCUGCCUGGGGAGAUGGAAGGCUCCCCUCUAUGGGAUGCCUAUUUCUUGGAGGAGCAGCUGAGCUUACAGCAGGACAGGGUGGCAUUCGAGGAGCAGAAACGCGCAUUUCAAGAUGAAAGAGAUAAAUUCACAGAGGCUGCAAUCCGACUUGGGAGGGAGCGCCUCCAGUUUAAAGCAGAUCAAGCGCUUUUUAUGAAGCAGCAGUUCCUGAGUAUGACCCCUGGUAUAGGAACUCCUCCCUGGAAAAAGACUCCUCCUUGGUCUGCACUCACUAAUGACACUCCUCGUGGCUCAUCUCAGAAGCCCAGACUCAACUUGGCUCCUCAUAUGCAUAGUCCAAGCAACUGGCAAAGCAAAAGGAUUGUUCCUGAUCCAAUGACACCAAGUACAGCAGAAUUGUACAGAGUCCUGAGAUUAGCACCUCCCAACAGGUCUGCACUCGCCUCUCAAAGCAAGAAAUGCCAAAAAGAGGACUCUGAUUCAGAAGAGAGCAAGAGGUGGAAUGAUAGCUGCUCCCCCUGUAGUGAAUCGCCUGAUCCAGAAGUUUCUAUUCACAACGCCUUGCCCGUCAAACUGAGUAUGACCCCAUACCUGCACCCUAGACCCACCCCGCACUCACUGCCCCAUAACCGAUGUGGCCCAAAGACUCCUUGUACUGCAGAACUGUACAGAAAGCUGAGGCUGAGCUCAAAUGACAGUGCAAUGUCUGGGCAGAUGAAACGGGACAGAAAAAAGUGGACGCCUAACCUGCUGAACUCUUGCAAGCAAUAUAGAAAGUAUGAGGAAAGCAGCUUAGCAUGUUGGCCAGAGAAUACUAGUAAGAUUGAGGGCACCCCACCAUGUUCUCGAGGGAGACCCAGAGCCAGUUAUGAGACAGAUUCCUCACAUUCAGGAGAGAGCAGAAAUUCUUUUUUGGGAAACAGAGCGUCUCCAGUCAGUGAGAAGAACCCAUGCCCUAGAAACUCCUCUGAUAGUUUUGAGAGAGACUCUCUUUAUAAAGUAUCUUGUCUUUACGAUUCUGAGACUCCACUAUCUGAACGUUGUAACCAAGAACCUACGAGGGAUUCCUUUUGCAGUAGUGAUGGUGUUGGAGAUACUCAUCCAUGUUUACCAGACAAAGACUGGUUUUGUGAAGAAGUCAAGCGUCUGCCUACAUCCAAAAGGCUUUCUGAGGUCUUUCAUAUGCGGGACAACAGUCAGAACCCAUGCAGAGAAUCAGUGGGUCGUGCUGAUGAUUUACUCCUUUCCCAAAAGUUCGAGGACACUUGCACAGAAAAACACAACAAGAGCUGGUCAAAAUCAGUCCAUGGUGUUAAAGACAGGAACCAGUCAAGGAGGUCUCAUCAUGGAGACCACUGCAUGAAUCUUUCUAGAGAAGGUAGUCUUCACAUUGACAGUUGCAGGAGGCAGUCACACGAAGGAAUUAACUUAUAUGGCAGCUUGCGAAACCGAUCAAGUGUGAACCUUUACCCGGGUGAGGACCGCAGAAGCCAUUCCCUGCAUAGGUCAUCCUCAAAGCGUAGAGACUCCUUGUACACCUCUCGCCCAAAAUGUUCUCCUCUGCACCACCUCCGCUCUUGUCCCUCAGAAGGGGGCGGUGAGGGUUGGAACUCUUCUACAGCUUCUCACAUCUGUGCCGAUCUACUAAACCAAUUCCUUGACUGCUGCUCAUGAGCACAGCUACUUGAAAAUAUGUUGGUGUUGGGUUCCCGAAAAUGUUUUUUUAAGUGCUUUGUCCAAUGUUUUAUGAACUUAAAUUGUGUCUAGACCCUUAAAGAUGUUUUCCUGUGUUUCAGGUCAAUAAAUAGAUAAUUGUUCACUUGCUCGUUAAAACUUACUCUACACCAAACCCCAUCAGAAUUGUCAUUGAAUGGUUGAAUGUAAUGCACUUUUGGGUUUAAGAAAUUGCUGCACUGUUGUCUUUCAUUUUCUGGCACUUAUCGGACUUGCAUUUUACUUAUUGGUAUCCUGGAUUUGUUCUGACAUCACUUUAAAUGUUUGAAUUUUAAUUUUGAAUGUUUGGUGUCUCCUAAUGCACUUUAGGGGAACACUCAUGCAGUGGAGCUCUGCUGGAGCUUGGGGCUCGGUCUAUUCCUUCACAAAGAUGGUGCCCUAGUUCUCACAGUCCGAGGAAUAAGCUUGAAACUUAAACAAUGGAUUUGGGUCCUGAUUUCUCACAAAACUUUUGAUUUCAGCUACAAAAUUGAGCAGAAAUUGAUAGUUUGUGAUGUCAUUUUUUUUUUAAAGCGCUAACACAGGCUGGUAUACUUCCCCCAUUUGCCUCAACAGUGGGCAAGAAGGUCUACGUUUAGGAUUGUUUUUAUUUUUAAUAAGAUUAAAUAUGAUUAAACUAUUUUAUGUAAUUUUCAAAUAUGAAUAUUAAACAGAUAAUGUGUCUAA